AGUUUUCUUUCUUGUUAAUCUCAUUGCUGAAGCGCUGACCUCCCUCUCCCUCUUGCUUUCCUGAAAGUACGUGACAUUCUUUCCUAACUUUCCCCAGCAGUUCACUCUAGAGCACCUUGCUCGUAUGCACUGUCCUCUUGCUAGUUUAGAGCUUUAUGUCCCCCUUGCUACAUCUGUGCUUUCUUCACUCCCCUUCUUGUGAUCCUAGCGUAUCCUUCUCCUCUGCACUACUGCCAAUUCUGGACAACCUGCUUUUCUACAAUAUCCUGUAUGCAUUCAGGCUCUCUUUAUGCCCCUGAUAUCUCAGGACUCCCUAUUUCUCUAUAAUUUAUCUUUUAUUUCACAUAUUUCCUGUUCUCCUACACUCCUAAUUUCCUUGCUAUACUUUCUGCUGCUCUAUAGUACAUCUGCACCUCUGAUUUUGCCACCAACGCCACAUCCCACAUAUUCCUGCUUUUUUUAAUUUUCCUUCUUGCAAUCCAAGUAUCCUUUUCACCUCAGUUUCCCUGUUCCUGCCAACUCGGGACCAUCCUUCUGUCAUCAGAGUCAAUGGGACGCUCCCACAGCUGAGUUUGUGCAUAAAAAAUAUACAGUAUGCAUUUCAUGGAUAUCAGCAAAAGCAAUUCUUGUGAGAGAAAACGGGAGCCGCUGUGUUCACUUUUAAAACAGUCAGAUACCCCUGGAGUCAUACAUCAUAAAAAAAUAAAGGGAUGGAUCUAUGCAGACAGCACAGAGAUGUGCUCAGAGCAGACGAAGCAACCAAAAAAUCUCGGCACUUUGACUAUGGAAAGAGAGACACUCGAUGGCUAUGUAACUAGUGAUAAUGAACUUGCACCCGAAAGGGAACACUCCAACAUGGCGAUUGACCUGACCUCCUGCACACCCAAUGGGCAGCACUCAUCACCCACUCAUUUGGCAAAAACAAACUCAGUAAAGAUGGAGAUGCAGAGCGAUGAAGAAGGAGAGAGAAAGCCUUUACGCCGGGAAACCCCGCUGCAGGAUGACGAGGGUUGCCAAGAAGAACAGAUAGCUGAAACCAAUGGGAUCUCUGAGAGCCGUAACAGUCAGGAGAUGUCCAUGGAUGGCGGCAUCCGGCUUCCAAAUGGUAAACUGAAAUGUGACGUCUGUGGCAUGGUUUGCAUUGGUCCCAAUGUGCUAAUGGUCCACAAGCGGAGUCACACGGGUGAACGUCCCUUCCACUGUAACCAAUGUGGAGCCUCAUUUACUCAGAAAGGGAAUCUUCUGCGUCACAUAAAGCUUCACUCUGGGGAGAAACCCUUCAAGUGUCCCUUCUGCAGCUACGCCUGUCGUCGGAGAGACGCCUUAACCGGUCAUCUCAGGACACAUUCUGUGGGCAAACCUCACAAGUGCAACUACUGCGGCCGUAGCUACAAGCAGCGCAGCUCCCUAGAGGAACACAAGGAGCGAUGUCACAACUACUUGCAAAAUGUGGGAAUGGAGCCCGUCCAGGGCAUGGGCCACCACGCUUCUCCCAUGGACGAGUGUAAGAAUCCAGAGACGCUGAUGGAAAACAACAUGUCUCUGAUACCAUUUGAGAGACCGGCUGUCAUAGAGAGACUUGCCAGCAACAUGGGCAAGCGUAAGAGCUCCACCCCACAGAAGUUUGUGGGUGAGAAGCUCAUGAGAUAUGGAUACCCAGAUCUGAACUAUGAGAUGCAAUUAGCCUAUGAGAAGGAAGCAGAGCUCAUGCAAUCACAAAUGAUGGAUCAAGCUAUCAACAAUGCCAUUACUUACCUUGGAGCUGAUGCCCUGCGCCCACUGAUGCACCAUUCAGCUGGCACCUUGCCUGAGGUUUCACCUGUUAUCAGCUCAGUUUACCCUCAAAUGUAUCAUCCCAGUAGAAUGGAGAGGCCAACAAGUAGGGAGACGUCAGACAGCAAUGACAACAAUAAUGAUGGACCCAUCUCCCUCAUCAGACCAAAGAGUCAUCCUCGGGAGAGAGAUGCAUCACCCAGCAACAGCUGUUUGGAUACCACUGACUCAGAGAGCAGCCAUGAAGACAGGCAAUCCUACCAAGGGAACCUUGCCUUAAACUCCAAAAGGAAACAGAGCCCAAGCUAUUCUAAGGAAGAUGGCAAAUCAUUAGAUGCCUCCAAAGCCAGUGUAGGCUCUUCCAAGGACAUCUACAAAGUCUUCAACAGUGAAGGUGAACAAAUAAGAGUCUUCAAAUGUGAGCACUGUCGGGUACUUUUCCUAGACCACGUCAUGUAUACUAUUCAUAUGGGUUGCCACGGGUAUCGGGACCCAUUGGAGUGCAACAUUUGUGGUCACAGGAGUCAGGACCGCUAUGAGUUCUCCUCACACAUUGUCCGAGGGGAGCACCCUUUUCAUUAACUCAGAACUAGAAGGGGUUUGAAUGAAGUAGAACUGCACAUGAAGGAGUGCUGCACUUAAUCAUCCACUUUCCUCCCACAUAUUAUGUACUCCUAAAGGAUUUAUUUUAGAUAUAUUUUUAUUUUUCAUUUUCUUAUAUACUGGCUUUAGAUUUUCUGUAUAAAAACAAACUUUUCAAUCCUCCAAGAAAUCAAUACAGAAAGAAAAUUCACUAUCCACCACCACAUGGCUGUUACACAGAAACCAAAAAUAGUCAUCGCUAGCUCUUAUGUGGCUAAAACAGUUGAUUUUGCUGUGAUAACAAUAGCACAACCCUCCUAUACAUUGAGUGGUCUUAUUGAUAAUAACUUGUUUGAAAAUGAGGGUCCAAAUAAUUACAUGGCCCCACAGACACAUUAAGAUUGUCUUGACCAUUGAUUUAUCCUCAGCUUUGGUUUACUGAAAGACUGGCUAAAAGUAAUUGCAAUGAUAACGUGAUUUAAGGUACAGAAAAAUUAUUUUCUCUAAAUAUGGAUUCAUAAUUGACAUUAUACAGCAUAGCUUUCUACACUCAACCUCACCUCUUGCCUAUUUACCCAUAAGGCAAGUUCACAUUCAUUUCAAAAUAUAUUGUAGCCUUCUUUAUACAAUUUGUGUAUAGAGUUGGUACUUUUUAAAAUAUUUUUGUCUAUCUAUUCUGCUAUAACAAGCAGGAAACCUGUUAACCAAUGAAAUCACUCCAUGUAUACAUACCAUGUAUUAUUUUUUUGUUACAUCAUGUGCAACAAGGAGUUAAAGUACAUGGAAGGAAUAUAUGUGAGGAAUAAUGUGUCAUCUUAACCAUGAUUAUUCCUGUGCUAGUAUGUAUGGUAUUUUGUGUCUAUUUUACAGAACCUGAAGAGCUUUUUAAUAAGGAUUUCAUUUACAUCUACCUUGUAUGUAAUUCUAACCUAACAAUGCUGGAAAUAUUUUUAGCUACGAAAAAACAAUCUAUUUUACAUAUAAUUUCGGAAUAUAUUAAAUAUUGUUCCUCAAACUUUUUCAACUAUUUAAAUCAACAAAAGUACCCCAUACUUACCUACUUUUAAUGUACAAUUUAAAGACACUAUUGAAAAAUAAAUUAUUUUUAAAUAGGUACUUUUUUUCAAUAGUCAAAAGGACAAAUACAAAAUAAAAUGUGACCAUACAAACAUUUAUAGUCAUAUUGCAUGUUUUGGAAUACUUACACUCAAAUUGAUAUUAUUUCAUUUAUACUGUGCAGCAAAGACAGGCCAGGGCACCUUCCUAGUUUGUUAAAUAUUGAAAAGCCAAUCAGAGUAUGCGUGUGUAUAUAUAUAUAUAUAUAUAUAUAUAUAUAAAACAUUUAAAUAUAUAUAUAAACUGACUUCUCUUGAGGCUAGGGAAGAUAAGUACUCUCCAAAAUAUAUUGUGGCAAAUAUAUAUGAAAAGGGGAAUGUUUAAUAUGGCUUUGCAAAAUAUCAAGCUUUUGGUAAUAACACAAUUGCUACCAGUACUGUGAAUCCCUAUAUAGCUUGAUUUCGCUCUCUGCAUUUAAUGUUUACAUUUAUAUGACAUGAGAAAUUGCUCCUUGUUUUGUAGUGUACAGUUUACAGAACAUAUGUACUUACCUUCUGUCUUGAACAUAUCUGAACCCCUUCAAGCAUGUAACUGCAUUUCAGAUAUAUUUAUUGUCUUAAAUUCUGACUUUUAUUAUUAUGUGUUGUUUUUUUUAGUAAUAAUUAUGUGCCCUGGGAAGGUUUUUUCCCCCAACAAUAUUCAUCAUUAUUUAUUUUUAUAUUAAAUUCGAUAAGCCUUAUAAAGCCAAUAAAAUCUUCUAAUCAGAAGUUAUGUUUUGGGCAGACCUUCUAAAUGUAAAAAUCAGUAUCACUACCUUAAAACAACUAAUAUUAUUGUAGCUACAAAUUAGAACAUGAGCAAAUAUGCAUGUUCAGGUAAACUGUGCACUACUAAAUCAAAGUUGUAUUUUCUCAUGGAUUAAUGUCCUGAAAAAUACAAUUAACAGUUAACAGCUGCCCUUCUAUUUUCUAAAUUUCACAGCCAAUCUUAGUUUAUUUCUCUAUAGGAUGAUGGUAUAUAGCCGUUGCCUUUAAUCUUAAUCUGUUGCACCUGAAUACUUGUUUAAGUCUAACUAAGAAAUAUUUGAAUAUACCAUAAACAGUCUUAAUAUUUGUUACUGCUAAGUGAUAUAUUUUUGCACAUAAACCACAUUGAGUUCAAUUAGAUGUAUUUAUUUUAACUCUGGUGCUGAUUUUCCUUUCUAUCUAACCCUUUUCUGCAAAUCCUGUCAUCACCGUUGUCCAUAAAUCAGUCUGCUGACACAGUAGCAAGUUCUCACUCUGACUAUUUCUGAUUACAUUUGAGGAACCAUGGUUAAGCCUUAAGGUAGAUCUAUUUAUCUCUAUCUAAUCAAUCUAUCUGUCUGUCUAUAUUAAUAUUCACAGUACAGUUUUUAAUGGGCCACAUUAAAGUUUACACAAUGUAGCUAACCUCACAGGCCUUUCUAUACAGAAAUCUCUGUAGAUUGUAAUAUUGAUUCUAAUACACCACUAAAAGUUAUCAUUGAUAAUGAAUACUGUGAUUGGUCUCAAGUAAUUUAAAAUAACAAAACCUAAAGCUGCUAACCCAUGGAGAUUAUGGUAAAAUUACCCACAAUAAGAACAAUUUGUUGCAUUUCUACUGAAAAUACUGUGAGUUUAAGGUUAUAUUGAAAUUGUUUAUUGCUGUACUAAUCACCUUCAAUGAUAGUUGUAUUUAAUCUUGUAAUUAAAACGUUGUGUCUAACCUCUUUUGAUGCUGAAGGGGCAAAUUAUUCCACAAGCCUGUGUUUAGUAGUUGGGGCUGAAAAGUGCCUCAUCUGUUUGUAAAAUGGGAUGUCUGUUAGAGGUAUGCCCACAGUGUCCCAGUUGUCUUGGCCUUUUAGUUUAUGUAGAGGUUGCUAUACUUCUGUGUGGGCACAAUCCAUCCAAAAAGAUUAAGUUCACUUCAAAUUCAGUUGGACCAUUUAAUCCCAAACUUACCUCAACUAGCAUCCUGCCUGAUAAUAUACUGUCUAUCUGCUAUGCACUUACUGAUGCCCUUUGUCUUUUUGUGCACACUGUAACAAAGGACGGACUAUUGUAGUGGACAGUUGAUUUCUGUGUCUUUAUAGUUAAAAUCUUAGUUUUAUUGCCGUCACCUUGUUGUCAUGUAGUGACAUUCCUAACUAACUGAUGCUAUAAGAGAUGUGCCAAACAUGAGACCUGUUAAGUUCACUUGGGAACCUAUCACAUUUAUACUAUUAUACACACAUACUGUGUUGUAUGAAGAAGUAUAUUUACAUACCAUGGGGGGGGGGACAUAUGAAAAUGGUGUAAAACAUAUUGGUAUAGAUUACGAGUAGAGAGCAAAAUUGUGCUUUCGCAAGCACGAUAUUUGCGAUCCACUCAGUAAUACCAGCACACGCAAAUAUGCGUUGGUAUUACAUGUUAAGCGCAAUGAGAGCACAAUCUCACAUUCACAUUGCCUGGAAGGAUUGCACUCAAGAGAGUCUGAUCCCAUAAGCUUUAAUAGAAGCCUCGCUCUGAUGCCGUGAGGCACGGCAAAGAACCUAGCGCAGCACAGGGGGUAAGUCACACAGCAUUGGGCAGCAAAUUUAAAAUAUAUAUGUAUAUGAAUAUAUACGUAUAUAUUUAUAUGUGUAUAUACACAUUAACACAUAAAUAUAUAUGUAUAUAGUCAUAUACAUAUAUAUUUGCAGUUUAAAGCACAGUCCACAUAGACCGCUAUGUAAAGGCACUUUUCAGUGCUGUUUUUUUUCUCCAACACCCCACAUCCCCUCACUUUAACCCCUUAUAACUACUUGGUAAAGUUGGGUUUUUUUACAAAAAAUAAAGAUGCUCAUAUUUUUUUUAUACAAGGAACUGUAAAUUUUAUUAUGGGGGGGGGGCAAUUAGUGGACAUUUUGUAAUUAACCAGAGGUCUAUCCUCUGGUUAACUGCUUUUAGAGCAAAGUGCUACAGCAAGUUUGCCCCUUUACGGGUGCACGUUAAAAUAACGCUCCACUUGUAAUCUAGCCCAUUAUGUAUAUCACUGUCCACAACAGGGGUGGGGAAUCUAUGGCAUGAGUUCCCAAAGUGACACUGAUAAUACAUUUGCUGUCACUCCAUACCUGGGCUAUCCCCAUAUUGCUUGAUUUUUUUCGCUACAAUAAAUUAUUUUUAUUAUAAAUUAAGAUUUACUUGCUUAUAUAUACAUUAUGGAGUUAAUUUUUAAAAAAUUUGUAUUACUUAUUUAAUAUCUCAUUACAUUAUUGUGGGCACUUGAGGAAACAUUUUAUAACAUUAUCACCAGUGUGGGCACACACUUAAAAAUGUUUGCCACCCCUACCCAAUAAAAUAAGCUAACUGGAAAUCAUGUAUGUCACAUCUCUAGUGAAUUGUUUUCUAGCCUUUUUUCAAAUUACAGAGGCCUGCUCCACAUUUACCUCAUCACUAUUUCCUCUGGCACUUAAUAAGACCAAGCCACUGAUAGGUGCUGGACCUACCUGCAGGUAACCUGUGUAUAACUAAUGUUGUGAAGGUUUCUCUUUGGAACAUCAACCCUGAUCCUAACAGUGGGUUAUAUGAUUUAUUUUAUGUUUAAUGCACCUGUUUGUUCAUAAACUGUACAGUCUGUUUACAUAUUUUUGUACUGAAAUGUAGUUUUAUAUUUAAAGCUUAAAAAGGACAACAAAAGGCUAAAUUUGUAUAGUUUGUGAGAAUCAGACAUCUUUUAGUACAUAUUCUUUGUAAUAUGAUAACUGUGUAAUAUUUUAUUGAUCUUGUAUAUCUGUUUAUUUGCAUUUAUUUUUGUUGGUUUUCAGUUUAGGUUUUAAAUGUAAUUAUUUUAUUAUUAUUUUUUCUUUUGCUCAAAAUUGUAUAACUUUGUAUAAAAGACUGGAAUCUUUUAAUGCUUUUACUUCGACAGAGAUUUUAAAGAAGUAUGUAAUUGUAAAAAAAAUGUUUAACACAAUAACAUACAGUAAUAUUUUCAAUAUACAAACACAUACAAAUAUUUCAUCCAUCUAUCUAUCUAUCUAUCUAUCUAUCCUUGUCUUUGUUUUCUGCACACACUUCCUUAUCUACCUUGCAAAAUGAGAACUUAAUACAUGCCAAAAAACAUGCAAUGAGACAAAACAUUUCAUUUUAUAUAUAGCUCCAAAAAAUAUGAAAAAUAUAGUUGUAUACAAAUAAUUUAUAAAUCUUUUUAUGCUGACUCCAUGUAAA